AGGCUGAGACAGCUUCAACGACUCCCCUCCUCUGUCCUCUCCUCUUCUCUCCCAGUGGUCAGCAGAGAUAAUCAGCUAGCUCCGGCGAGGUCGGCCGAGCAGAGGAUCGGAGGUCAGGGGAGCAGAGCAGAGGAACGAUGUCGUGCCUGGGCCGCGCGGCGGUGCCGGUGAAGCGGGUGUGGCGGGGUCUCAGCGCGCGGCUCCGGCUCCGGCGAGCCACCGGUAAGUCGUCAUCGUCGUCGUCGAGCUACUACACGGCGAUGGACCCCGACGGCGAGGCUGACGGUGUGGGUGCUGCAGGUCUGGGGCGGCUGCGGAAGGAGGUGCGCACGUGCGAGUACAGCGACGUGCACGUCAUGUGGGAGAUGCUCAGCAGCAGCAGCAGCAGCAAGAGCGCCGGAGGUGGGGGAGGAGCCAUGGACAGCGCCACCGCCGCCGCCGGGAAGGGCUCGAGGCGGCCAAGGGUCGGGAGGAAGGCCGCCGUCGCUUGGAGGAGCCUCGCCUCCUACUGCUGCGCGCUCUGAUCAUCCGAGUUGCUCGUCGGAUUCAGAGUUUCAGACAGAGAAGGGGUCCUCUGCUUCUUCUUCUUCUGCUGCCGCUGCUGCCGCCGCCGCCGCCUUGUUGAUUAGAAGAACAGUUGAUGAAUCGAUCGAGCGCCGCCAUUGGAGGCAACCACACAAUUUUGGGGACGCGGGGAUUUCGUUUCAGAUGAGAUGAGGCAGUUGGAUCCCCAAGUUCCAACUGCGUGCGUAUAUGGUAUAUAGUCAUGUCAGAGCUGUACAUACAGAGGCUUCUGUGAUGUAAUUUUGGUCCAUGUCUGGUGCUAGCUAUACGUGAGUGUAAAGGCCAAUUUUGUCUCUGUCUCUGAUGGUUGUUCUCGAUCAUCCGACAGACCAGUUCCUUGCUGCGGCUCUAUGUUUCCAUGUGUUGUUAUGUACAAAGUUACAGUCUUGCGUAAAUAAAAGAUGAUCGAUCACAUAUUCACAAUGA